AUGCAUGGGGGAAAAAGAGGUUUGGUGGCACCUCAGAACACUUUUUUGGAGAACAUUGUCCGGCGCUCAAGUGAAACAAGUUUCCUGUUGGGGAAUGCCCAGAUAGUGGAAUGGCCAGUGGUAUACAGUAAUGACGGGUUUUGUAAGCUGUCGGGGUACCACAGGGCAGAAGUCAUGCAAAGAAGCAGUACAUGCAGUUUCAUGUAUGGGGACCUGACAGACAAGAACACAAUAGAUGAAGUCAGGCAGACCUUUGAUAACUAUGAAUCACAUUGCUUUGAAGUGCUGCUCUAUAAGAAGAACAGGACACCCAUAUGGCUGUACAUGCAGGUGGCUCCCAUCAGGAAUGAGAACGACAAGGUGGUUCUGUUCCUGUGUACCUUCAAAGACAUAACUGUCUUCAAGCAGCCUAUUGAGGACGAAUCCACCAAGGGAUGGAACAAGUUUGCCCGGCUGACGCGGGCACUGACCAGCAACAGCCGCAGCAACAUGCAGCAGCUGACGCCCAUAAACCAAGUCAACGAGGUCAGCCACAAACACUCCAGACUGGCUGAGGCUCUCCAGCUGGGCUCGGACAUUCUCCCCCAGUACAAGCAGGAGGCGCCCAAGACGCCACCCCACAUCAUCCUCCAUUACUGCACCUUUAAGACCACCUGGGACUGGGUCAUCCUCAUCCUCACCUUCUACACAGCCAUCAUGGUGCCCUACAAUGUCUCUUUCAAGACCAAGCAGAACAAUUUGGCCUGGCUCGUGCUGGACAGCGUGGUAGAUGUCAUCUUCCUUGUGGACAUUGUGCUCAACUUCCACACCACCUUCGUUGGGCCUGGUGGAGAGGUCAUUUCGGACCCAAAGCUGAUUCGAAUGAACUACCUGAAGACCUGGUUCGUCAUUGACCUGCUGUCCUGCCUGCCCUACGAUAUCAUCAAUGCCUUUGAAAACGUAAAUGAGGGCCUCAGCAGCCUCUUCAGCUCACUCAAGGUGGUCCGACUUCUCCGCUUGGGCCGCGUGGCCCGGAAGCUUGACCAUUACCUGGAGUACGGGGCGGCGGUCUUGGUUCUACUGGUGUGCGUAUUCGGCCUGGUGGCCCACUGGCUGGCCUGCAUCUGGUACAGCAUUGGGGACUACGAGGUCAUUGACGUAGCCACCAACACAAUCAAGACAGACAGCUGGCUCUACCAGUUGGCCACGAGCAUUGGCUCACCCUACCGCUACAACGCCAGCGGCUCUGGCCAGUGGGAGGGCGGCCCGAGCAAGGACACUCUCUACAUCUCCUCUCUCUACUUCACCAUGACCAGUCUCACCACCAUCGGCUUUGGCAAUAUCGCUCCCACAACAGACGGCGAGAAGAUCUUCUCUGUGGCGAUGAUGAUGGUGGGCUCCUUACUGUAUGCCACCAUUUUUGGGAACGUCACCACCAUCUUCCAGCAGAUGUACACCAACACUAACCGCUACCACGAGAUGCUCAACAAUGUGCGUGACUUUCUCAAACUUUACCAGGUGCCAAAGGGGCUGAGCGAGAGGGUCAUGGAUUACAUCGUCUCUACUUGGGCCAUGUCCAAGGGCAUUGACACAGAUAGGGUCCUGUCAAUCUGUCCCAAAGAUAUGCGAGCAGACAUCUGUGUCCACCUUAAUAGACAGGUGUUCAAUGAGCACCCAGCAUUUCGACUGGCCAGUGAUGGCUGCUUGCGCUCUCUAGCGGUUGAGUUCCAAACCACACACUGCGCCCCAGGGGACCUCAUAUUCCAUGCUGGCGAAAGUGUGGACACCCUUUGCUUUGUAGUAUCCGGGUCAUUGGAAGUUAUUCAGGACGACGAGGUCAUCGCCAUUCUAGGUAAGGGAGAUGUGUUUGGGGAUGUCUUCUGGAAGGAAGCCAAUCUGGCACAUGCUUGUGCCAAUGUGCGGGCUCUCACUUACUGCGACUUGCACGUAAUUCGGAGAGAUGCUCUGCUGAAGGUGUUGGAGUUCUACACUGCUUUUGCCAACACAUUCUCCCGCAACCUAAUUCUCAGCUGCAAUUUGCGCAAACGGAUAAUCUUCCGAAAGAUUGCCGAUGUGAAGAAGGAGGAGGAAGAGCGCCGGCAGCAGAAGAAUGAAGUAAUGCUCUCCAUUCCUGUUGACCACCCGGUUCGCAAGCUCUUCCAGAAGUUCAAGCAGCAGAAAGAGAUUCGCAUGCCAAUCCAAGCUCAGCCUGACCUGGAGCGUAACCGGCUUCAGCACCAAAAUGGCUCACCGAUGCAGAAUGGGGCACCUGGCACAGGUGGAGGGACUACCAGCGGUGGCUCCAGUGUAGUUACUGUCUCCCAGAUCACCCCGUUGCAGAGUUCACUGGCCUAUGUCCACACUGGGGAGCCCAUUCACACUGGUUGUCACGAGGUCAAGGAGCUGAAGCCCAGUGUGGUGGACCAGAACUGCCUGAGGGUCACCAGUCUGGUACGGCCCAGGGGUGGAGGUGGUGGUCAAGGCUGGAUGCGGUUUAAGAAUGCUACUACAGCGGCACAGAAAGAAGAGGAGGAAUGGGGUGACGUGUCCCAAUCCUCAGAACAGUUGACUGAGGACAGCAAGAGCCAGGAGGCAGAAGGUGGGGAGAGCAGCAGCGGGGGUGGCGCCAGCAGCACAGGAGAGGGGGGCGACGAGAAGAGCGCACUCCACAAGACAGACUCCUGCGACAGUGGCAUUACCAAGAGUGAUCUUCGGAUCGACAGGGCAGGGGACGCACCAAGCCCCUAUGAGCGGAGUCCAAUGGGGAGAAGUCCUUUUGAACACAGCCUCAGGGUUGGGAGUGUGGGCGUGCUUGGCCACCCCUUCCAACCCAUGUCUGAACAGGUGCUGCUCCAGUCCACUCUCCAGGAGGCCAAGCUGGAGCUGAAGGGAGAUAUCCAGAUGCUGAGUGGCCGUUUAGCAACACUUGAAGCCCAAGUUAGUGAGAUCCUGAGAUUGCUGUCUGAGAAGAGGAGGCUCUCACUGCCGCAGACCUCUACCCCCAAGGCUAAGAUCAAAUGCCAGGACAUCUUCACCGUGUCAAGACCUGUCACACCGGACAUUGAGAGAGACGAUGGACCUUUUUGA